AUGGGCUUAGCUGGCGUGAAGAAUAAAGUCAAGAUCGGGGUGGACCCCCGAAAUACGAACUGGUCGAAUGAUACAUCGAGAUUUGGCCACAAGCAUCUGGAGAAGCUCGGGUGGGCUCCCGGUAAGGGACUCGGCGUUGGAAGUAGUGGCCGAGAGGCUAUAACGAGUCAUGUAAAAGUGGCUGUUAAGACAGACAAUACAGGUUUGGGCAAGAAGAGUAGUAAACAGGGCGGGAUCAAUGGUCUGGACGGUGAAAUUACUACUGGUUUGGACGUGUUCCAGAGACUGCUGGGUAAACUGAACGGUAAAACUCAAACCGAUAUUGAUACUCAGAUCCAGAACCAGAGACAGCGCAUGGUGAUGGAGAAUUCAAGGUUUGGCAUGGUUUUUGUUUAUGGAGGUGUUUUGGAAGGGUCUGUAGAGAGAAAGUUGGAGACGCAUGGCAAGAGGAAGAGAGCCGAGGUCGAGGAGGAUGCCAGCAGUUCGGAAGAAGAAGAGGAGAAGGCUGUUCCACAUAAACGAUCUAAGAAGGAGAAGAAGGAGAAGAAGGACAAAAAUGACAAGAAAGAAAGGAAGUCAAAGAGUGAUAAGAAAGAGAAGAAAGACAAGAGCGAAAGCAAAGACAGUAGCAGUAGUAGUAAAAGCGACAAAAAGGAUAAGAAGGACAAGAAAGACAAAAAGGAGAAAGAUAGAAAGAGUAAAGACAAGUCGAAAUCCAAGUCCAAAUCGAAAUCCACGUUGAACUCUGUCGACGCAUCGCCAUCACCCUCGCCAUCUCCAGCACCUCUACGAGGCCGUCUGGCGACUCGAGCCCGUUGGAUUGCUCAGAAACGGGCCGCCGUGGCCGACGAGAAAAUGCUCAACGAAAUCCUCAUGAUCAAAGCAUAG